AUGGAUGACGAGGAUAACUACAAGCCAGCUCAACUUGAGCGCAUUAGCCAUGAGAUUAACUUGGAGAGGAUCCAGUCGAGAGCAAAAUCAAAGAGCUUCUCGCGAGAGCAAAGCAUGGAGCGAAUUCAGUCGAGAAUUCUAUCCAGGGCCUUCUCGUUCAAGGAGUUCAACAGGUCUCUCAGCAUGGUGCCGCCAAACAUAUGGGAGUUUGUGAGACCUGAGAAGCCGCCGAAGUACUUUGCAAUCGACGUCGAUAACACCUUUUUCCACAGGGACCCGCAGGUCUUCGGCAAAAACGUGGAGGCAUUCAAGAAGAUUUUAAACCUGGGAUACCAGCCGUUCCUUUGCACAGGCAGGCCAUUAGAGGCGAUACCGUACGUGCUAGGGGAGAAGUUUUUCGAAACAACCGGAUACAACGGAUUUCCGGGAAUAUACCUAAACGGGUCCGUUGUAUACGACAAGGACGGGAACCUGCUUAACGUGACUGCCUUCAAAGAGGCGUUCAUGGCGGAAAUGCUCGAACACAUCGAGAAAAACGGACUGGAGGGCAGCUUCAUAUUCUGGGACGUGAAGGGGCACUACGCUCUCAAGCCCAUAAACAACCCCGUGAGCUUCAUAUUGAAAGGAGACGAUAUCCCGGACCCGGAGAUCAAAUCGCCUGCCGAACUGGUAAAAAUGGCAAUCAUUUCCAUAGUAACAUCGUCCCCAAAGUUGGAGAUGAAAAACUCAGUAUUCGGGGAGGAAUAUUCAGUCAGGAACGUGGGACUCAGGUACUUGAUAGAGUACAGUCCGAUGGGAAUAACGAAAGCAGACGGAAUAGCACUACUGAUGAAGCACGUCGAACACACGCCGGAGUCCUGCGGGUUUAUAGGGGACGGAGAUAACGACGUUGAAAGUAUGGAGCUCUGCGAAGUGUCUUUUGCCGUCGCGAAUGCGACAAACUACGUCAAAAGACAUGCGAAGUGGAUCUUACACCUCAAUCAUUACGAUGGGGCUUUCUCGUAUGCCAUGAACCUGCUUUAUAAUUUAAACGACUACUAA